AUGGACCCACUGAUUAACCCUUUAUUAACUGUUGAUAAACAGACAAGAAGGGAGAAGUAUCCAGAUUUAGCUGUCCAGAGUACAAACAACUCCUCAAUUGUAUCUAAAAGAUCUGUUGAAUCAAUAUAUUACCCUAAAUUUGACAAUAUCAAUAGAAAUAAAUACACUGGCGAACUAUUGGAAUAUCUCAAGUUUUUUGUCCCCAAGUUUGUUAACAGAUCCCCGUGUAUUAACAGAGGUUAUUGGUUACGGCUACAUGCAAUUAGAUCAAGAUUGGAUUCUAUAUUGUCUGACCAAGACUCAAAACUAGUCAUAAUCAAUCUAGGCUGUGGAUUUGAUCCUUUACCAUUCCAACUACUAGAUUCACAGAAUAAAUCAAGUAGUAAAUAUCAGGAUAGAUGUAUAUUUUUAGAUAUAGAUUACUCAGAUCUCUUGAUGAAAAAGAUUCAAAUAAUAUCAAACAAUGCUCUGUUAUCUGAUAUCGUUGGUACAAAUAUGGAAUCUUCAGACAGUAACAACAACAACAACAACAAUAACAGUAAUAGUCACAAUGAUAAGCCGGAUCGAUUUACUUCUUCUAAUUACUUCAUUAGACCUUGUGACUUGAAUGAUACCAAAUCGUUCUGUAAGUUAUUGCUGCAAUCAAAAGAUGAUUUACCCUUUCUAUAUGACAAUAAUAACACUAAGAUCUUCAUUGCAGAAGUGUCUUUGGCUUAUAUGAAACCGGAAUUAUCAGACGAAAUCAUUAGAAUAACAUCGCAAUUACCACAAUCACACUUUAUUAUUUUGGAACAAUUGAUCCCUAAAGGUCCUUAUGAACCCUUUGCAAAACAAAUGUUGAAGCAUUUUACAAGCAAUAAUUCUCCAUUACUAUCCGUAACCAAAUAUCAAACUUUACAAUCUCAGAUAGAUAGGUUUAAAAAAUUGGGUUAUGUGAAGAGUAAUGCCGGUGACAUGUUUCAAUUAUGGCACAAGUUGCCUUCUGAGAUAAAAGAUACUAUUGAAAGUAUUCAACCAUUCGAUGAGUUGGAAGAAUUUCACUUAUUCUGUCACCAUUAUAUAUUAGUUCACUCAGCAAAUGAUCCAAAUUUCACCUUUCGCGAUCCUUAUUUAUUUGAUAACAAUGAAUGUAUACGCAGGACACAUAGGGAUCAGAAUAAUGAAAAAAUACCUCUAUUCAAUACACCUAUAACUGAUUACAGACCAGCCUAUAAUAUAUCAAUAAAAAAUAGCAUAAUUAAGAGGACAUUUGGAGCGUCUACCUCUUUAGAUGAGAACAGAAUAUUAUAUUUUGGUGGUUGUACACCAUAUAGAGUUAAUGAAUUAUUAUUAAUAAACCUAAAUAACAAUGAACUCACCGCUAUCGAAAAUUCAACAAAGGAGAAUGUUCCUUCACCAAGAACUUGUCAUACCUUUGUUAAAUUACAGAAUCAGUCAAAUACGUUUCUUUUAAUAGGAGGAAGAAAUGCACCGCAUAAACCAUAUAAAGAUGUUUGGUUGUAUGAUUUUGAGAAUAGUAAGUGGGAACAACGUAUGGAUUUACCAGAACCAAGGUUUAGACAUUGUAGCGUGGCUUUACCAACAGGAGAAGUAAUUGUAUUUGGCGGUCAGAAAUUAAAAGAUACAGAUUCGUCUUUGUUACUAUAUGAUCCUUUACCAAAUAAAUGGACUGUCCUGGACAAUAUAAGUGAUCCAAUACCAAACUUGAUAUCCUCAUCAAUGGAUUUUAGAAAAGGCACGAACAAACUAGUAAUUGCAGGUGGAUAUGAUCCAAAGACAGAUAAUAUGUCCGAUAAUAUAUAUAUCUAUGAUGUACAGUUAACCGACAAAUCCAACAGAUGUAAUCUUACCCAAGUUAAAGUAAUCUCUCACCCUUUUUUCCAAAGAUAUGGAUCUAAAUUGAAAUUUAUUGACGACUCCAAGAUUGUUCUUGUUGGAGGUACGUCUUCAUCAGAUUUGUUUGAUGCUUCAUCGUACAUCAUAGUGGUUGAUAUUGACACAGAAAAAGUUUAUAGUAUAAGCAUCCCAUCAAAGAUAUGGCAAGAGACUCCCCUGAUGUUUGUUGGCUUUGAACUUGUUUGGGAACAAGAGAGUCGAAAAUUGACCAUAAUAGGCGGCGGGGCUACCUGUUACGGUUUUGGGAUGGUGAGUAACAGUACUUUGACAAUCCAACUGUGA